AUGGUGCAGGGGCCAUCUUUUGGAAUUGCCUCAUUUGGUUUGGCCUUUCUGUCCAAAACUCCACAACUCCGAGUCGCUGGUCUUGGCAGCCAUGGACCAGCAGCGUUUCCGACUGUUAGAGCCCAUGAUGCUCAUUUCGUCUUCGGCUUCCUCGACCCCACAGGCGCGUACAUGGACGAGUCGGCGAUGCUCGAGCAGUCUUCCUUUGCACGCGCCUCUCACGAAUUUUUUCCCCAUCAUCCUAUUCGCGUUGAAGACCUGUCGGGCUGCGGGCAUCCAAACUACGGAUACCGUCGGGACAAACCCACCGCCAAUGCCAUCGCCACGGGCAUCGAUUCAACAGAAAGGGAAAACAUCACCCCUGCCCCCUUUGGCUUCCCUUCUGUUGGAUUAAAAAGUUGGGGGAUUGGGAUUCAGGUCCGGCACUCGAAAGCUGCUGCUGCUGACGCUGCUGGCCUUCGAUCCUUGACUGAACUCGACAAGCCUUCGCUGGCCAAACAGACACCACCAAGCCGCGUUCGUCUCUUGCAGUCUCACAAGAUUUGGAACCUGGAAUCUAGACCGAGCUCGCCUAUCGCCCACUGCCCAUCGCAUUCAGAGGACCGGUGCCAAGCACGCGCGGGCGCAGGCGCGAAUGUUGUCGCAAUGCCAUCGCAAUGCAAACGCCUGCAUGACAGCAGCGUUCAUCCAUUGCCUGCCUGUCCUUCAACUUCGAGCUCCACCAGCCCUUCGCUUCUGGUCACCGUGGAGCCGCAUGACUCUCUCUCUAUCUCUAUCUCUCUCCCUGGACUGUGUGACGAAGGUGAGCAUUCAACAUUGUCCCAAGGGCCCUUGGCCGGCCGGUCUUGGCUUCGAAUGACAGGAGAUGGCGAGCCCGGUGCUGCUGCAACCCUCGAGUGUCUUCAGAUCCUAUUCAUAGCCGCCCGAGGCCCACAGCGCCGGGAGUAG